AUGGCGGCUCCACAGUCUUUCUACGAGCUCUACCGCCGUAGCAGUAUCGGCAUGGCGCUCACAGAUACCCUUGACGACUUGAUCAGCGAGAGACGUAUCGAGCCUCAGCUCGCAAUGAAGAUAUUGGCAAACUUUGAUAGAAGUAUUACGGAGGUUUUGGCAGACAAGGUCAAGGCGAGAUUGACUUUCAAGGGACAUCUGGAUACGUAUCGUUUCUGCGACGAGGUUUGGACUUUUUUGAUCAAGGAUGUUACUUUCAAGAUGGAGAACUCCAGUCAGUCAGUGACGGCGGACAAAGUCAAGAUCGUGAGCUGCAACAGCAAGAAGCCCGGUGAUCCUCAGUAGAUAUUGGGAACGAAUCUAUACGGGCAUUCGACAUAUUGGGGACAUAGUGGUGGAUAGAUUGGGAGAUGCAGAAUGAUUUCGGAUGGUCAAGAUUGGCAUUUACAGAUUGGGCUCUUCAAUGACUUUAGAGAAAGGAUAUCUCGGGCGUUCGUUGGUUUCCGUGGCGUUUCAUGGCGCGUUGCCGGAGGAUGAGGAAAGCAUGCCUAUCUUGUUCGUAUGUAGCGGAAUGGUAUCAAAAUCAUAGACGUCGCAAUGCGAUGGGUCACUAAUUUAGUAGCAGAACCAUGAUAAUUCUGUUUACCAGUCUUUCUCGAAAAAGUCACACUAUGUUCCAGUAAAAGUGAUCAUGACUUCUAAAUCAGAG